AUGUCACUGUAUAAAGAUCUACAUGCCUUCUAUGUACAAUGUACAUGUAAUGGAAUGGCUAGGUUAAGUAGAACAUCCAGACGUCUCUGUUCCUACAAAGUUUUACCACUGGCUGUCCUUUUCUGCAUGUGUGUCAUCCUUGCAGUUUUGAUUCUACACCUUACAGUAGUUCUCGAAGCUGAGGACACUUUCAAUGAUGGUAGAGAAGGAAUUGAAGAAGGUGAAACAGUUCAAAAGGAUGUAGAAUCAGGCAACGUGGAGGAAGUGAUCAAAUUAGAAAGUUUAAAGGAUGAAGCGAAAAAAGUGUUUGAUAACAGACCUCCGGAACUGAUCAACAAUCGUGACUGUCAAGUACGCAAUUUUGUUUUCAUAAAAUGCAUGAAAUGUGCAACAGAAACAAUGGGUACCAUUUUACGCAGGUUUGCUUUGAAAAACAAAUUGAGUGUUUUACUACCUCGAGGGCUAAACAUUUAUCUCGGAUGGCCAUACAUGAUGGAAAGUUCUGACUACCGACCUUCAAGUAGCCCAAGUGGAUAUAGGUAUUACAACUGCCUGAUUGAACAUGCAAUUUACAAUGCAUCAGUUAUGAAAGCCUUAUUUCCACACCAGACAAGGUUUAUAUCUAUCAUAAGAGAACCGUGGUCACAUUUCAAGUCAACUUUCAAUUACUUUAACAUGCAGAAAUUGGCACAUAUUGUGUCUGACACUCCACUCUCGACGUACUUACAGGACAUAAACACCUAUGAGAAGAUCUAUAAAAGCCCUGAAGCGGCUUCAUACAGGUACUGCAUCCCCGAUGGUUUUUCAGUGACCAAAAAUCUUAUGUGUCACUGCCUAGGCAUGAAAACAGGAUUUCCAGAGGGUACUGCAGACAUCAGCAAAAAUACUAGAGCUGUGCAAGAUUUUCUAAACUGGACAGAAAAUGAGUUUGCACUUAUCAUGAUUGCUGAGUAUUUCCAUGAGUCUUUGGUUCUUCUUAAACGAAUGAUGUGUUGGACCAUGAAGGACAUUAUCUAUAAACGAGUGAAUUCUGCAAAAUAUAAGUAUGAGGAGAAUGAUGGAGAUCGUGCCAUUCAUGAAAGAUGGAGUCGAGCAGAUUAUCAAAUGUACAAUUUCUUUAAUGAAUCCUUUUGGGAAAAGGUCAUAUAUCAGGGGAAAACAUUUAAUCAAGAAGUGCAAGUAUUUACCAGAAUUCAGAAUUCUGUAAAUGUAUUUUGUAAUUUUUCAACAGAUCCAAGUGCUAAAGUAGAUGCUAUGUUUAAUGUGACUAAGGAUAUUUUAUCCAUACCGACCACAAAGUUUAGCUUGGACUUUACUUUUACUCAGGAUGACUGUGAGCUACUCAGUUCUGAUCUCUUGUCAACCCUGAAAGAGCAGCAUGAGGAAAACAUUAAGUACGAGGACAAGGAUCCCCCUAAACGAACUUGCUAA